AUGGAAUUUUUGACUGGUGGGGUAGCUGCAAUGGGGGCAGUGUGUUUCACGAACCCCCUUGAAGUUGUCAAAACUCGUAUGCAGUUACAGGGAGAGUUGAAAGCCAGAGGGGAGCACGCAAUUCACUACAGAAACGUAUUCCAUGCCGGUUUUUCGAUAGUCAAAAAUGAGGGAACAUUCGCCCUUCAAAAAGGGCUUGCACCUGCCUUGGGAACACAACUUUUUCUGAACGGAGCUCGAUUAGGCAUAUUUCAGAUGGCAGAAAACAGGGGUUACAUUAAAACCAAAGAGGGAAAAGUUAUUUUCCGAAACAUGGUAAUAUUUGGAGCAGUUGGAGGAUGCAUAGGACAAUUUUUGUCGAGUCCCUUGUACAUGAUGAAAACUCAGUUACAGGCGCAAGCUGCAAAGGCUGUAGCUGUUGGGUUCCAACAUUCUCAUCAAGGAACAUGGAAUGCUUUCAGGAAAAUUUUUAAUGAAUAUGGGAUAAGAGGGCUUUAUAGAGGCGCUUCAGCUUCAGUCCCUAGAACAACUGUUGGAUCAGUCUUUCAACUAGGUUCUUUCGAAUAUAUGAAGCAGUACUUGCAAACUUACGACUACUUUGAAGAUAAACCAGUCCUUAUGUCUUUCUUAGGCAGCAUGGCUGGAGGUGUUGCUGUCUCUGUGUCUAUGACACCGUUCGAUCUCAUCCUCACUAGAACCUACAAUCAACCUACUGACAAAUAUGGAAAGGGAAAAUACUAUGCCAAUUACCUUGAUUGUGUGUACAAGAUAUACAAAACUGAAGGGCUAUCAGCUUUCUAUAAAGGACUGGGACCUAUGUAUUUGAGAUUGGGUCCACACACUGUACUCUGCAUGGUAUUUUGGGAUAAGUUGAAGUCAUUCCAAAGUAGGUUUGAUUCAACAGUUUGA